UGGAGACAUUCAAAGCUUGCUAACACACCUGAUAGACUACACAUCAGCCAUGGCAGACAAAUUACCAGUUUCUCAGCCGCAGAUCCCUGAGAGGAACCCAACCGGAACCUGGGAAUCGUUCGUAAACCCCUUUAAAGACCUCACUACACAGCCAUACAACGAAUCAACAAAAAGUAACCAAACUGAAGAUUCCGGGUUCAAAUAUAAUAAGUUUUACCUGACCAGAGUUGUCAUGAUUCCUUGUAUUAUUCUCAUGGUAAUCUUCUCUCUGCUGCUUGUUUACAUCAUAAUGAAACACCUGCGAUCUAUCAUGAAACUGUACAUGUCCGUUAUAUUCUAUGCUCUCUCCAUCCUGUAUUUUGCUAUCCAGAUCAUCAUCUUACUCCUAUAUGAUGAGAUAAACCCAGGAAAGAUUCCUGAUUGUGACGGUGCUCCAGAUCAAAUGUUCAUUUCAUUUCAACUCACAGGUAUCAUCAUGCCUGCGAUGGCAGUUCUAGCGGUGACAGUGGUCCGAGUGGUCUUCCUGAAGUCCCCAUUUCGCUGGAGAGAAAUCCUGACCUACAGGAACCAAUUAAUAGGGUUCAGUUUGGCAGUACUGGUGACAUUCAUACUUGGUUUCCUUCCCUUGCUUCAGCUAUGUGAGUUGGAAAUGGUCAAUAACCAGUGUGUUCUGGUUAAAUCCUGGACUGUCAGAUGUGUUGCCUGUUUUAUCCUUUCCUGUGGAGUCGGCUUGGUCGCUCCUAAACUUGCAGUCGCAGUCAUGUAUUGCAUUAUCUACGGAAUCGUGAAAGAGGCAAGGGAAGUCAACAAAGCGCUCUCCACAAGAUCGACAUUGCUCUCCAAAACGUUAAAGACAGAACCUCUGUCAUCGGAAAAAAAAUCGGAAGCCAAAGCAUCUGUAAAGGACAGGAAGGUUAAAACGGAACGGGAGUCUUUCCCUUGGUCUAUUGUGGUGAUUUUGCUUCUCAACAUCGCAUCUGCGAUCCCUUGGGUUAUCCUCAUUAGCGCACCAGAGCUUAUCUACAAGAAAAGAGACUCCAGAACUUUCUUCUUGCUUGAUAUCCUCUACUCCGUAUUACUGAUUGCAACCACUGCUAGCCCAAUAGCUUACUUACUGACGACUAAAGUUGUGAGGGAUACAACUUUCGGUACUCUGAGAGGUUGCUUCAGAGCGAUGUUCUGCUGUGAAUGACUUGAUGCUCUAAAAACCUGAGUAAGCGAAUAUUACACGAUAGUUGAGUGUUGCCAUACUAUCAA